AAUGUAUAUCCUCGUUUUAUUUUCCAAGUGACGAAUCUGUAGUUCUGAAAAUAGAACUGUUUGCGAGAUCGCACGUUUCACAGUGGUACUAGUUGGUUUAUUUUGUGUGUAAAAGAUGGGAGACGAUUUAGGAGAUGAGUGGUGGAAACAAAACAACGAUUCAGAGGCCUCCGAGAAGGAUGAGCCACAGGAGGAGGCCACAGAGAACCUUCCAGAAGACAAGAAGGCGAAAAAGAGGAAGACGGAGAGCAAGACCGUGAAGCCCAACAAGGCCAAGAGGAAGAAAAAGACGACACAGAAAGAAUGCAUUGUUGCUCAGGAGAAAAAGGAGGAGGGUGAAGAGAAGGAGCCCAAGCCCAAGAAGAGGAGAAAGAAGAAGACCAUCACAGACGUCCUGGCCACUUCCGAGCCCAAAGUGGGGAGCCCGGCGGAUCUACAGAAGCUCGUCCACGACCAUUACUCCGACAAGCGCUCCGUCAUCGAGAUGGAGGAGCUCAAACUGCCAGAUUCCUGCUUCCUGGCCAGCAACGACCUCACGCACAGCCUCUCCUCCUACUUAAAGGAAAUUUGCCCCAAGUGGGCGAAGGUGCAGAGGCUGCACACGGAGAAGAGGUCUGUGGCCCUGCUGAUCGUCUGCAGCUCCGCCCUCCGCACCAUAGAGCUCAUCAAGCAGAUGACCACCUUCAAAGGAGAAGCCAAAGUGAUUAAAUUAUUCGCCAAACACAUAAAGGUGGAGGAGCAGGUGAAGCUUCUGGACAAAGCGGUUACGCACAUCGGAGUGGGGACCCCUGGGCGGAUCAAAGCCCUCAUCGAGAAAGAGGGGCUGAGCCUUCAGGCACUGCGCUUCCUGGUUCUGGACUGGAACUGGAGGGACCAAAAGCAGAGGAGAAUGGUUGAUGUUCCAGAGGUUAAAGGUGACUUGUUGAAGCUGCUGGAGUCCGGGGUCAUGAAAGGCUGUCAGGAAGGGGGCAUCAAACUGGGCCUAUUCUGACCUAACCCCUCCCCCCCUUUCCCCACCACACCAUGCAUAGACAUAGGAGUCAGUCAACAUUAUUAUUCAUUUUGAAUAAAAAAUACAUGAGUGCUAUAUUUUUUUAAGAGUAUAAAUGUUGAUUGAAGCCAAGCGACUGUCACACAAGAUGUUGUCCUGUCGUUGCCAUGGCAGCAGUCAGGAUACAGCGUGGUCCGUGUUCUUUACUACAGUCGGUGGAAAUGAAAGGAAUAAAUUCUACUGAUUCCCAGAGAGCAGUUCAUGUUUCUACCAACGGUAGAUAGGCAGUAAAAAGCAAAUGGCUGCCACAGAAGUCAUAAAGUGCGAUGUAACAUCUGCAGCCAAUAAAAGUCACGUUUGCUAAGACCCCCACAAUAAAUUACCAUGGUAACCCCUUUUGUAACUUUUUUCAUGUCGUUACCGGUGGCUGAAAACUUGUGAUAACGUUUAACGCAAAUAAAACCGUGUGAAUGAA